AAAAAAAAAAAAAAAAAAAGCCGAGACGGGCGAUGGCAAUGGACACCCUUCAAGAUGCCUCGGUCCCGACACGGGCCCUCGUCGUCGGCCUGUCGCUGCUGGCCGUGUUCAUGGCAGUGGUGCAGCGUCUGCUCCGCGUCAACCUCGACCCCAGCGAGCCGCCCAUGGUCCCGACCAAGAUCCCCGUGAUCGGGCACAUCAUCGGCAUGCUGUGGUACGGGAAGAAGUACUACCAGGUGAUUCAGGACACGUACGGCUUCGACAUCUACACGCUCCCGCUACCCGGCGCGAGGCAGUACAUCAUCACCAGCCCGGCGCUGGCGGCGGCGGUGCACCGGCAGGCGAGGGCCAUAUCGUUCCGGCCCUUUGCCAGCAAGUUCGCGCGGCGCAUGCUGCUCUUCUCGGACGAGGCGCACGCCGUCAUGGAGCGCAACAUGUUCGACGAGGACGGGCCGGGCCUCCUGACGGGGAACCACGACCACCUGUACGCCUCCCUGCCCGCGGGCCCGGCCCUCGACGAGCUCAGCUCGGCCCUCAUGGCCGGGGCCGCCGCCAACCUCGGCCGCCUCUCGGCGUCGGCGUCGGGGACGGGGACCACCACGGGGACCACCACGGGCGAGGUGACAAUGCAGCUCUACUCCUGGGUCCGGGACCUCAUCACCAGCACGAGCGUGACGGCCUUCUGGGGGCCCGACGGGCCCUUUUCGCGCGACCCGACCCUGCUCGACGCCUUUUGGGACCUCGAGGACCGCGCCGUCGCCAUGGGCAUCGUCGGCGGCCGCCUGUCGCCCCUGCUCUACCCGCGGGCGCACCGCGCGCGCGCGCGCCUCACCGAGGCCAUGCACGCCUUCUACACCGACGACGCCCGCUGGCCGCAGGCGUCGUGGCUGCUGCGCGAGCGCGCGCGCAUCCACCUCGAGGAGCACGGCUACCCGAUGCGCGACUGGGCAAAGGCCGAGGUCGGCAUGCUCUUCGGCCUGAUACCCAACAGUACCCUCGGCACCUUUUGGACCCUGGCCCGCCUGCUGGCCGACCGGCGGCUGCUGGAGGAGGUGCGGGCCGAGCUGCUCGACGGCGGGACCGUGACGGUGACGGUCGUCGCCGAGGACGCGGACGCGGACGGAGUGAAAAAGAAGAAGAAGAAGGCCAAGGUCGACAUGUCGGGCCUCCGCAACCGCAGCCCGCUGCUGACGUCUGCGUUCCGCGAGAUGCUGCGCCUGACCAUGCCGACGUCGUCUGUGCGCUCGGUGCGCGACGACGUGCUGCUGGGCGGCCGCCACCUGCUGCGCGCCGGCUCGCUCGUCAUGCUCGACGGCAGCGUCAUGCACCGCCGCCGCGACGUCUGGGGCGCCGACGCCGACGAGUACAACCCCAGGCGAUUUCUCGACGCCGCCGGCGGCGUCUUUACCGACGGCAGCAGCAGCAGCGGCAGCAGCGGUGAAGGUGGUGGUGGUGGUGGUGGUAGGGACAGUAGUAAGCGGGUGCACCCGGCCGCGUUCCGCGGCUUCGGCGGCGGCGAGGUCUUUUGCCCCGGCCGCAACCUCGCCCACGUCGAGGUCACGGGCGUCGCGGCCGCCAUCGUGUGCGCGUGGGAGCUGGCGCCCGGGGCGGCCGAGGUCGAGGUGCCGCCGUUCAAGGAGGACGAGAUGCCCCUGGGCCUGUGGAAGCCACGGCGGGACGUCGAGGUCACGCUGCGUCAGCGGGAGGGGUGGGAGGACGUGGAGUGGGAGUACACGCUCUAG